AUGGUGCUUGCCAGUGGUUUGACCGUUUUGCUAGCCGUUACUAGCCGCCUACUGCGAUGGGGCGAGGCCUCCAAGGGCCGACGCACGCCUAAGCAAGUCGCUGAGGAUAGAUACGCCCGGUGGACGAAGGACCUUGAGGAGCAGGAGCAGGCCGAGCGCCUCAGCGAAGCGUUCUGGAAGGCCGACGGCUGUGUGGGUCCCAAGCCAAAGGUGCGGCGGCUGAGCGAAGUGCGGGCGCGCCGAGAUGCUCACCGUUCCCGGAAAGCUGAUCAAGGCCCGACGGGUGCUCGACGAGGGCGUCAAGCUUCAGUCGGGGAGGGUGUCACGAGUGGUUCUGGCGGCCACCGUCUUGGGCACGGUGAGUUCCGUUACCCUCCUCCGCUCUUUUCGACGGCCGACCAGAUUCGUGUGGGCCACGCUUUCGAUGAAGCCAUGCAGGGCCACGACGGAGUCGCUGAGAAGUUGUGGGCCGGCCUCGGUCUCCGUGGGACAAGCGCGGCUAGAGCGUACGGUCCCCGUGGAUGA